GAGCGAGCGGCCAGGAGGGGACCUGAGCGGAUCAUUCCUUUCGCCAGUGCCGGGGGGGAGCGAGCGAUGCUGCGCGUCCGCUGCCUGCGAGGAGGGAGCCGGGGGGCCGAAGCCGUGCAUUACAUCGGGUCGAGGCUCGGCCGAGCCUUCCAGGGAUGGGUGCAGCGAACUUUCCAGAGCACCCACGCAGCUGCAGCUUCCCAGGCCGCCUGUGCUGUUGCUGAUGACAAUAAUAAAGCCCCAGACCCUGUUCCCGAAGAUUGCCCCGUCUGCUCAUACAAUGAGUGGGACCCGCUUGAGGAAGUCAUUGUGGGGAGAGCUGAAAACGCCUGUGUUCCUCCUUUUUCUGUUGAGGUCAAGGCCAAUACCUACGAAAAGUAUUGGGGAUUUUAUCAGAAAUACGGAGGUCAGAGCUUCCCAGCAGAUCACGUAAAGAAAGCGGUUGCUGAAAUUGAAGAGAUGUGCAAUAUUUUGAACAUGGAAGGAGUGAUUGUGAAGAGGCCCGAACCCCUGGAUUGGUCGGCCAAAUAUAAAACUCCUGACUUUGAAUCCACUGGAAUGUAUGCAGCCAUGCCAAGAGAUAUUUUGCUGGUGAUUGGGAAUGAAAUCAUAGAAGCCCCGAUGGCAUGGCGGGCCCGUUUCUUUGAAUACAGAGCCUACAGGCCUGUCAUUAAAGAGUAUUUCCGCCGUGGGGCCAAAUGGACAACUGCACCAAAGCCCACAAUGGCCGAUGAACUUUACGAUCAGGAUUACCCCAUCCGCACGGUGGAAGACAGGCACAAGCUGGCAGCUCAGGGCAAAUUUGUCACAACUGAAUUCGAGCCAUGCUUUGAUGCUGCUGACUUCAUCAGGGCUGGAAGAGACAUCUUUGUGCAAAGAAGCCAGGUUACUAACUACUUGGGUAUCGAAUGGAUGCGAAGGCACCUUGCACCAGAAUACAGAGUGCAUACCAUCUCUUUCAAAGAUCCCAACCCUAUGCACAUUGACGCCACUUUUAACAUCAUUGGACCAGGUCUUGUACUUUCCAACCCAGACCGUCCAUGCAAAGAGAUUGACCUCUUCAGGAAGGCCGGUUGGACAGUGGUUCAUCCCCCGUUGCCCCUCAUUCCUGACAACCAUCCACUAUGGAUGUCCUCCAAAUGGCUGUCCAUGAAUGUCCUGAUGCUGGACGAAAAACGUGUGAUGGUGGAUGCCAAUGAAACGCCAAUCCAGAAGCUGUUUGAAAGUUUAGGCAUUUCAACCAUCAAAGUGAACAUCCGCCACGCCAAUUCCUUGGGAGGAGGCUUCCACUGUUGGACCUGUGACGUCCGCCGUCGUGGCGACUUAAAAUCUUAUUUCGAUUAGCGCAGGGGGGAGUGAUUCUAUUUUUAAAGCACGCAGGUUCAGUUUGCAUGAAGUAGGAGUAGGACGGCAAUCUUUCUGCUUAAAAAGAGGGUGUGAAUGUAUGAGUUGGAGUGCUUGGAACAAUACCCCUUCUCCUGCUCUCCACUGGAGGUUCCACGAACCACUGGCCCUAGGCACCCCUUCACACAUUAUGCACAGUCGAGCCACAGAUCUUGCUGUCGGCAGGCAGUUCUGCCUAAUCGAUGCUCCCUGGUGAGGGUACUUGCAUGAUGCACAUGUUAUUUGAGGGUUGCAUUCAUACCUUAAAAAAAUGUUCUUGCAUGUACACCAAUUUGGUCUUCUCCAGAUGUUUUGGGCUGCAACUCCCAUAAUUCCUGACCAAGGGCCAUGCUGGAAUGAUGGGGUUGCAGCCCAACAGGUCUAGAGGACAGCUGGUGUACACCUACAGUCGGAUCCUAUGCAUACGCAUAUUUAUUCAGAUGUAAGAGCCACUGUUCAAUUUAUUUUUUAAUUAUUACAUUUCUAUCCCACGCUUCCCCCCCUCUUGCAAGGAACCCAGCGGGAGGGGUUACAUGACACUCCUCCUCCAUUUUGUCCUCACAACAUCCCUGUGAGGUAGGUUAGGCUGAGGGGCAGUGACCCAAAGUCACCCAGUGAGUUUCAUGGCAGAGUGGAGACUUGAACCCAGAUCUCCUGAAUCCCAGUCCAACACUCUAGCCACUACACCACACUGGCUUUCAAUGCGUCUCACUCACUGAGAACUGUACAUAGGGCUGCAGCCUUAAUCUCAGAAUUUAGUUGUCUUUAAAUGCUCUUUUAUCAAAUGCCUACCUGUAUAUAUAAAAGAACUCCUAUGCUGGAUAUAUAUUUCUGUUAGGGAUCCAGAGUAAUAUGGUUGCACUGACAUCUUGCAGCUCAACUUAGUUUGGAUGCCACCUUUCCAAUAUAGGUUCUGUGCUUUGGUGUACCCCCAAUGACGUAAUGUGUGAAGUGGUCCUUAACCCAAGUUGGCCAAAGUUGCAACACCUCAUCAGCACGCAGUACAGGUCUUCUGGCUGGCUUUUUGAGAGACUUCCAUGCCUGAAGCUCCUCUUUAUCUCUUCUCCCAGGACAUACAGAACUUGUCAAUACUUCUCAGGCUGCCCCAGUUCAUCUGGUGACAUUUCUACAUCUACCUCUGUUUGAAAUUCUAUCAAAAAGGCAGCUAGAAAUGUUAGAUGUGAGUUUAACAUUACUAUUUUCUUUCCAGUUGACAGUAUUUGUGUGUGUGUAUGUUUGUGUGUGAAUACCACCCUUCUUAAAUUUUGAGACAAGACGUAAAAUAGAAUCCAGGUUUUUAUUAACUUUAAAUAUAAUGCUAUUUCAAUUAGUUCAAGGUUUGUUUGUUUUUUGGCAAAAAAAGAAGAAGCUUGUACCAUGUACCGAUGUGGCUAAAAGUAGGUAUGGGGGGGGGGAAUUAAUUUUAUUUGCAUUUUAAUGUGAACAGACCUAAUUUCACACUUUUGAACCAAUGCGCAAACUGAAACUGAAUUAUCCUUCAAAAUUCCAACUUUUCAAAAUUUUGGAAUGCCGUUCUCCAAUAAAACGUGUAUGAUAGGGAAAAGCUUACAAAAACUGUAUAUCAGUGAAAAUAACAUGAAAAUGCCUUAUUGAAAAUGCAUUGUAAUUGCAUACAAAAAGGCAAUGUGUAUUAAAAAUGCACACAGAUGUGUAUGAAUUUUCAUGCAAACUUUCAAAGAAAAACCAAAACAAUUUCCCAAAGUUCAGGAUGAACCGAACUUAAUAAAUGGAAAGAAACUGAAAUGGAUGGAUUCGUCCAUUCUUAACUAUAAUUAUGCAGGGACAGGGAACCCAUGGCCCUCUUAGAGCUAUAGACCUCUUAGGUCUAUAGCUCCCAUCAUCCCUGCCAGGGGGCAUGUUGACUGAUGGGAGUUGGAGUCCAACAACAUCUGAGGGCCCAUAGAGUUCCUUUCCCCACCACAGAGCCUAUGCAUGGUAGAGGAAUUAGAUCAUAGAAACAUAGGAAGCUGACUUACAUUGAGUCAGACCCUUGGUCCAGGGUUUCAGGUGGGAUCCUUUUCCUCGACCUAUCUGGGGACCGAACCUGUGACCGUCUGCAUGCAAAGCUGGUGCUCCAUCACACUAAGCUACGGUUCCACCCCAUAGCUCAUUUCCUCUCAGAACACUUCUGGGCUUGCUUGCCAUUACCUAUUGUUGUGAUGCCAACAGGCUGGGGAAAACGUGCAUUGGAAUUUCUGUGCUUAGCCUCUUAUUCCAACUAUGGACAGCCAUCUGAUGGACCUGGAGAUGGGGUGUGUAUGGCAGGUUAGAAGACAUGAUCUUCAUUACUCCCUACUAUGAGCACCAGGACUGGACAAAGUCUGGCUCUCCAGAUGUUUCAGCCUACAUCUCCCAUGAUCUCUCAUCAUUGACUAUGCUCAGUAGGGUGUUGUUGGCUAAAACAUCUUUAGGCUCAAAAGCUGCCCAUCCCUGACCUACAUGACCACAUCUACACGAUGCUUUAGAGGAAUAGCAUUUAAUGUUAAACUUUACAUCUCCCAAUGUCUUCAUUUUUAAUGUCCUUGUUCCGAAUGCUUUGACUACAUAGCUCUAGUUUGAGAAGUGGGCUUAUUUCAAUGAGUAUUUUAUACAUCUAGUUUGUUUGUUUUUUGCUUUUUGUGUUAGUUUCUGACCUCCAAAUGUGCUGACACGGUUCAUUUCAGUUUGUGAACUUGUUUACAUAAGCUAAGCUAAGAUGUCAUCUUAUUAAGAAUAGUCUUUAGCAGAAAUGCAAAUGGUGGAAAUCUAAUAAUAACCACCACCUAUGCUGUAAAAUAAAUUUUAAUACUGAUUUUUUCAAUAUGUAUUUUUAUGCAAAUAAAACAUAUUGCAUUUG